AGAAAAAGAAAAAGUCUACUAUUGAGCAAUGAGAUAUGAAUCCAAGAUUGUGGGAUCAUAAAAUCUCAUUCUCUGAUGAAAAGCAGGAAUCUCUUCUAUGAAUGAAACCAUUCUUCUGUUCCAUUCAAAACCCAUCUCAUUUUUCAAUCUUCCCGCUCAAUCUCGCCUUCAAAAUCCUCCAUUCUUUCCGACAACUUUCAUCAUCAACCUCCGCCGGAAAACCCAAAUGGAAUUCACUUUCCAACGUCUUCAUUUCCAACCCAACUCUUCUAAUCCUUCAGUCAUGCUCUUCCAUGCUCCAGUUAAAGCAAAUUCAAGCCCACAUGACUCGUACUGGCCUCAUGAACCAAAUCUUCCCCGCCAGCCGCCUCCUAGCCUUCUGUGCGCUCUCUGAUUCCGGCGACAUUCAUUAUGCACAUCUCCUUUUCGCUCAAAUUGAACACCCCAAUUGCUUUUUCUGGAACACGAUGAUCAAGGGUUAUUGCAGAGCUAAUCACCCUUCAAUGGGCUUCUCCUUUUUCCGGCAAAUGAUUCGGAAUCGUGUUCAAUUGGAUUGUGGGAGCUUUGUUUUCGCUCUCAAGGCAUGCGCCCAAUUCGCAGGGAAAAUAGUGGGAACGGCGGUGCAUUCCGUGAUUUGGAAACUGGGGUUUGAUUCUGAAUUGUUAGUCCAAAAUGGAUUGAUUCAAAACUAUGUUGAAAUUGGGUGUCUUGGUUUUGCUCGCCAAGUGUUUGAUGAAAGCUCUGUGAAGGAUGUUGUUACUUGGACGACGAUGAUCAAUGGGUACACGAGGAACAAUUGGUUGGAUGAGGCUAUUACCUUAUUCAAUUCGAUGUUGUCGAGUGAUGUCGAGCCGAAUGAGGUUACUAUGAUUGCUUUACUUUCUGCUUCCUCACAGAAGGGAGAUUCUGUAAUGGGGAGGGUUCUCCAUGAACAUAUAAGAAGGAAGGGCAUAACCUGUAGUGUUAAUUUGCUCAAUACCAUGUUGGAUAUGUAUGUGAAAUGUGGUUGUUUAGCUACUGCAAGAGAGAUUUUUAACAAUAUGGAAAGAAGGGAUGUUUUUACUUGGACUAGCUUGCUUAAUGGAUAUGCAAAAAGUGGUGACUUGGAAUCUGCAAGGAAGCUGUUUGAUGAAAUGCCUGAGAGAAAUAUCGUCUCUUGGAAUGCAAUGAUAGCUGGUUAUUCUCAAAACAGUCAGCCAAUUGAAGCUUUGGAGCUAUUUCACAACAUGGUGGAUAUUGUUGGGUUGGUUCCAACAGAGGACAGUUUGGUCUGUGUGCUUUCUGCUUGUGGCCAAUUAGGAUGCUUGGAAAUGGGCAAAGGGAUUCACAAAAACCAUGUCAAUAAAUUGGGAAUUCAAGUUAGUUUGAUUCUGAAAAAUGCAGUUAUGGACAUGUAUGCCAAAUGUGGAAGCAUUGAUGCAGCUGCAAAGAUCUUCCACUCCAUGCCUGAGAAAAAUCUGGUGUCUUGGAACUCCAUGAUUUCUGGAUAUGCAUCUCAUGGUCAUGCCAAAAAAGCUCUCACUCUUUUCGACCAAAUGAAACGCUCGGGACCAAAACCAGAUCACAUCACCUUCGUUGGUGUCCUAUCGGCUUGCAGUUAUGGCGGUUUUGUUUCCGAAGGUCAGGCGCAUUUCGAAAGCAUGGAGAGGUGCUUUGGAGUAGAGCCAAAGAGGGAACACUACGCAUGUAUGGUGGAUUUGCUUAGUCGAGUCGGGCUGUUGAAGGAAGCUUACGAGCUAAUAUCAAAGAUGCCGAUGGAAGCAAGUGAAGGGGCUUGGGGGGCUUUGCUCGAUGCUUGUAGGAAGUAUGGGAAUGUGGAAAUGGCAAAGUUAGCAGCUGAGAAACUACUGGAAUUGGAUCCAGAAGACAGUGGGAUUUAUAGUCUUUUGGCAAAUGUUUGUGCUGAUGGAAAGAAAUGGAAAGAUGUGAGAAUGGUGAGAAGGAUGAUGAGAGAGAGAGGGGUGAAAAAGGUUCCUGGGCAUAGCUUAAUAGAGAUUGGAGGUGAAUUUCAUGAGUUCUUAGUUGCUGAUACUUCUCACCCUCAUUCUUCACAAGUUUAUAGAGUGGUAAAUGAAUUGCUUUUGUUAUCUAGUUUCAUAGAUUUUGAACCUCAAGAAAAUGGUUAGUUCUGUAGUAAUUACUAGCCAUUCUUACAUUUGCAAAUGUGAUGCUAUUUGUUUGAUAGAUAAAUGAUUCAUGGGAUAUAUAUGGUAAUGUUUUUAGGUUUUUCGGCGAUGGUUGUGCCUUCCUACUCAUUUGGCUAGUAUCGCAACAUUGCC